AUGUGGAGGGAAAAGGAUUCCUUUUUGGAUGCUCAUUGUGGUGGUGGUGGAGUAUUAAGUGAUAAUAAAAUCCCACUUCGUCAAAUCAAUGAAGUAAACGAGCCAUCAUUUGCAAUUGCCGGACGAACAUUUAAAAUAGUCAUUAAAGACACGGUUGUUUUACCAUGCGAAGUCAGUAAUUUAGGGAAUUAUUUGGUUGUUUGGAAAAGAGGAAUCGCGGUGCUUUCAGCUGGAAAUGUAAAAGUGACUCCAGAUCCUAGGAUAAAAUUAGUCGAAGGAUAUAAUUUAGAAAUACAAGACGUACAAACUCAAGAUGCUGGAGACUACGUGUGCCAGUUGGGAACUUUACAACCCCGCGAAAUAACACACACGUUAGAAAUAUUAGUGCCUCCGAGGAUUCAUCAUGUAUCAUCGCAAGGAGUUAUGGAAGUUAAAAGAGGAGCUUCCGUUACAUUAGAAUGCCGAGCUUCCGGUAAUCCAGUUCCGGUUAUAACGUGGACAAGAAAGAAUAAUUUACUACCUUCUGGAGAAAAAUCAGUCGAGGGUUACAGUAUAACAAUCGAACAAGCUACGAGACAUCAAGCUGGAGUUUAUCAAUGUAAAGCAUCGAACGGUGUUGGAAAACCAGUCGAACAAUCGAUUGUUUUACACGUUUUAUAUCCUCCAGAAAUAGAAGUUGAAAGAAGUUGGGUACAUUCCGGAGAAGGUUUCGAAGCUCAACUUGUUUGUAUUGUACAUUCUGAACCACCGGCUGACGUUUUGUGGUACAGAGACACAUUGAGACUGGAUACGACGGAAAGGAGAAGCAUGGAAGUUAGAGGAAGUCGUCACACUUUAAUCAUACGAAAAGUUCAAGCAUCAGAUUUUGGAAAUUAUAGUUGCGUUGCUGACAAUCCAUUAGGAAAAAUGAGACAGUACCUUCAGUUAUCAGGAAAACCUAAUCAAGUAGUGUUUAGAAGCGAACCCAUGGGUCGAUACAAAGACAGUUAUAAUAUCACGUGGGCUGUUAACAGUUACACACCAAUAGAAGAAUUUAAAUUAUAUUUUAGAAAAUUAUUCGACCAAAAUCAACCAAAUUCACCGCAGCAACAUCAUGCGAAAAGACCAACAAGAAGGUACCCAUCGACGUUUCAAGAAAACGAAACGUCUAAUCAAUUAGGACGAGGCGACUGGAGUGACGUCAUACUUCCAGCAAUUCCAAGCGAAUUAUUCACACAGCAAAUGUCUUACGUAAUAAGAGGUUUAGAACCCGGAAGUCAAUACGAAGCAAGAGUUCGAGCACGUAAUAGAUUCGGUUGGAACGAAUUAUCCGAACAAUUUCAUUUUUCAACGAGAGGAUCAGAGUUUUCUGAACGUUCAGAAGAUUUGAAUUCGCCUAAUUUUAACGAAUUGGAUAUACGCGAUUUGAGCAUGACAGCAUCUUAUAAUUCUGGAAGGAAAAAAACUCUUAUCAAUAUUUUCGUACUCUUAUCAUCAAUAUUAUUAUCAAUAUUAACGCGAUAA